AUGACGACAACAGACAUGCGUGUCGGUAACAAGUACCGUAUCGGGCGCAAGAUCGGCGGCGGCAGCUUUGGUGACAUCUACCUAGGCACCCACAUCAUCUCGGGUGAGGAGAUCGCUAUCAAGCUCGAGAGCGUCAAGGCCAAGUACCCUCAGCUAGCAUACGAGGCCUAUGUCUACAAGACUCUUGCCGGAGGUGUCGGCAUCCCCUUUGUCCGCUGGUUCGGUACCGAAUGUGACUACAAUGCCAUGGUGAUGGACCUCCUUGGUCCUAGUCUGGAGGAACUGUUCAACUUUUGCAACCGCAGGUUCUCGCUCAAGACCGUCCUGCUCCUCGUCGACCAGCUCAUCUCCCGCAUUGAGUAUAUCCAUGCCAAAUCGUUCAUUCACCGUGACAUCAAGCCCGACAAUUUCUUGAUGGGUAUCGGCAAGUGUUGCAACCAGGUCAAUGUGAUCGAUUUCGGACUGGCCAAGAGGUACCUUGGCCCCAGGACUCACUCUCACAUUCUCUACCGUGAGAACAAGAAGCUUGCGGGUACUGCCCGCUACGCGAGUAUCAACACACACCUUGGUAUUGAGCAGUCACGCCGCGACGAUAUGGAGUCUCUCGGCUACGUGAUGCUCUACUUUUGCCGUGGCUCUCUGACCUGGCAGAACCUGAAGGCUGCUACCAAGAAGCAGAAGCACGAUCUCAUUAUGCAGAAGAAGAUGACCACUUCAAUUGAAGUGCUCUGCCGUGGUUUCCCCACCGAGUUCGCCGUGUAUCUGAACUACUCUCGCUCGCUCCGGUUCUACGACAAGCCUGACUACACGUACCUUCGCAAGAUGUUCCGCGACCUCUUCGUCCGCGAGUCCUUCCGGUGUGACGACGUCUUUGACUGGACCGUAGACAAGUAUCGGAAGCACGCCGCUUUGAUUGUCGACGCGUCCAAGGACAAUGGUGACGAGCAGGCACACCUCCAGGCUACGGCUCGCGACCCUACGAUGGCCAGUGCCAUCGUCAAGCCUGAUGAGAUCUCGAGCUAG